AUGAGAUCCGGGUGUUGUUCGCUAUCUUUGCCAACGUUGAUUGCUGGCCCCCGCACGGCAGUGGCUUCGGCCAACUCCGAACCUCAACCUCCGGCAGGUGUCGGGUGUGCACUUGCCUAUCGCAUCGCCCUUCCCGCACACACAUCGCACGGAACUCAAAUGCCGACGAUAAGCAAUCAUUCACCCACCGCCCUCCUCGAUGUCUCCCCCACCACCUUUCCAUCUUUGGAACGGCAUGACCACUUCCAUGACGCUGAACUGCGCCACCACAUUCACGCACGCGACUUCAGCACAGCACGCGAUAAGACCACGUAA